ACAAAGCCAACAAAAAUAAAAACAAUUUCAUUUUUCUUGAAAUAAACCACUAAUAAUCGCAAAACAAUGGCUUCUGAUGGCGAGGACAUCAACGUAACACCCGCGGAAUCCUUGGCCUCGGCCACGGACACCGAGGAUGAGGAGAUGGAGCCACCACAAGUGCACUCCGACCUGGAUUCCGAUGAGGAAGAGCAACUGGAAGUGGAGGAGGUGCCAGCGACGGCCGAAGAAGCGGAUAUGGAUGAGCUGCUGCGACAACUGGAGGAUUACACGCCCACUAUUCCGGAUGCCCUGACCAUGAAUGCCCUGAAAUCGGCUGGCUUCUCCACCGUGGACCCCCAAAUAGUGCGCCUCAUCUCGGUGUCCGCCCAGAAGUUCAUCUCCGACAUUGCCAACGAUGCACUGCAGCACUGCAAGACGCGCACCACGAACAUCCAGCACUCCAGCGGGCACAGCUCCAGCAAGGACAAGAAGAACCCCAAGGAUCGCAAGUACACGCUGGCCAUGGAGGAUUUGGUUCCCGCUCUCGCCGAUCAUGGCAUCACCAUGCGCAAGCCACAAUAUUUCGUUUAAGUUUAGUUAUAAUCAUAACAUUUCCCUCAGUUUAAUAGAUAUAAUCUCUUUCAAGAUUUAA